ACUAGAUAGGCAACAAAAAACAAGGUGGCCCCUAAACUUUUCUAUUCUUCUACGAUAAGUAGAAGAUAAGUUAGGGAUAUUCUUCAAGGUAAAGUUUAUUGUUUAAGGCGGGAUUGGCAACUCGUCUCCGUCCAUUGUGGGUGGUUGGUUUAGUUACAAUGGAAGUUUGUUGUUUCUCCACUUAGCUUUUAUUAGGACGACAUUUUGCACGGCCGAUCAAAUUUCUACAGAACAGACUCGAUAAUUACGUACGCGCGGACGAGUCGCCAGAAGUCAAGUUGUGUCAAGGGUGAUUUAGGUUGGUUUUGAUAUUAGAAGACUGAUGAAAUCAUAGAUUGUCUGCUAUCCAAUAUGAGUGGGCAACAUCGUAAAGUUUCAAGAAGCAUUGACAGCUCAUCGGGGUUUGUCACUUCACGUUCACAUCUCACGCAGCCAGAGAAUGAACUUAAGCAAAAGUUAAACGCCAUUGACUCUUCAAUCAAGAUCUCGAACAAGAAGAUUAACAACGAGACGCGCGAAUUGAGGCAGAUACUUUACGGCCUUCAACGGGAUUUGAAAGUGUCGAAGUCAGUCGGUCACUACGUGCCUUCGCCAAUAGAAGAACAAGAAACAACACAAACGAAAAGAGUUCGUCGAGUUACUGAUGCUACAGCACCACGAGAUCCGCAACUACUUCAUCGUUCUGAAAUCAUCCCAAAAAGUAGUACAGAGGUUAAGAAAACUAUCCAAGAAUUUCCAGGGGUUACUCACGGGACCUCGACGAAGCGCAGAAGGAAAAUGAGUGUUCCUCCGAUAAUAAGCGGGAAAAUAUUAGUAAAAGAUGGCGAUGUAUUUGGUGAGAAAGAACGGGAAUUGUCUGCCACCUUAUCAAAGCCAAAGCCGUUGGGUGUCGAAGAAAGUGGAAAUGAAACACAGCGGGAGAAUAAUGGAGAGCAAGAAACUGGUGUUAAGAGUAAUUGUGAAGAAGUGCAAACAAACAAGAGUGAACACAAAACAGUUGGUGUUUCUAUCCAUUGUGAUAAUGAUGGUAUUCAAAUUGGCGAUCAAAUACCUUCUGCACGCGAUCAGGGUUCUAGCGAGACCAGCCAAGUAAAACCAAGCAGCUUGUCUUUAGAUAACCAACUGGAUUCAAGUUAUAUAGAUGUCGAUAAGAAAAUGACCAACAUACCGUCGACAUACAAAGGAAUAGCAACAAUCCUUUCUAGAGAAGAAUGGAGUUCUGCCCAAAUGAUUUCAAAAGGAAAUUCCUCUGGAAAUGUGACUUCGAAUUUAAAGUAUCUGAAGGAAGGCAGAAGGAGGUCCUUAUCUGAGAAUGAAACUGCUUACAGAGAGACUUUCAAGGGGAAGUUUAUGACCCAUUCGUUGCCUCCUGCAAGCGAUCAUGUUCGGGAUAUCAUACCUCCUCCGGACCCAGAAAAGCGAACCAGGCGAAUAACAGUUGCUGGAGCACAUCCUUUGGGUGGACGAAGCCGGCUAGAUAUCGGGGAUAUCCCUAGGACACCAUUCCACUCAGGCUCACGAAGGAUUAGUGUUAACUCGAUGCACGAGGAUGGGAGCAGGAAAAGUAGGUCUCUAGGGAGGGGACCCACGGGUGGUGGACAGACUGUGAGGAGGGGUAGUGAUGAAGAGGAAACGGAUAAACGCUUACUGUCAACCCCAUCUCGUGAUAUUCCACGAUAUCGAAGAACAUCUAAGGUCUCAUCCCUCCCACCGCUGAAAGAAGAGCGAAAAAUUCAAAACGAGGGAAACCAAGCCGCCAUUGAAUGGAAAAACUUGGAAAACUGUCGCUAUUUACGAAAAGAUGAUUAUGAAAUCUCGAUAGAAGAUAUCUUUAAAAAGGAUUGAUACAUUUAUGAUUAUCAGUACUUGAGGAAAUAUCACUAACUCACCAUCAUGCAUCAAACAAAGUGCAGUUGACGCUCUGGCUGCGACUACGGUAUUCUAUUUUAGUCGUGACGUCAUUGUAUUUUUCAACAGUUAUAUCCUUUUUUUUUUUUAAAAUAACUGCUCUUUUAUUCUAAGUUUUCUGAUCGAUUUCCACUGAUGGUGACGUAAGAAUUGACCAACGGUAUUCCCCCACCGGACAAGAUCAGUCACAUAAUCGAAUGCGGCCAUCAUGAUAAAGAUCACAAUGUACACACAAAACCAAAUCAGAAUUAACGAGGUUUAAUAACACAGCGUUCAUCUUGUAAUUUGGCGAUCAAAUAAAGUCGAGAGAUUUAA